AAAUCGGCGUGAGCAGUGAAAUCACGACUAAGGCCAUCUGGGACCCAGGCAUGACGUCUACGUAAACGGGCUCGAGUUUACCGACAGUUUCAGUGAUUUUUACGAGCUUGAUCACUGGGUCGUAAAUUGUUUUAUCAAUUAUCAACAUAUUCAAAAUGACUUCUGUAUUCGACCAAUUCGAGCAAGCUUCUCAAAGAUCCAAGCAAACUGUGCCACCGCCAAUUUGUCAUGAUAUCAGCAGCACAGGCUUUAUACAAAUGAAACUUCAAGAUGAAAUUCCAAUAUUUAUUAAACAAAAAGUUAAUUUUAUGCCAUCCGACAAAAUUUUACGUAUCUGUGUCAGUAAUAAUUUCAUUGUUAUUGCCAUGGCUAACAAUGUUUUACUUAGGAUUGAUAUGAAGCAUCCUGAUAAGCCUGAAGAAAUUGAUAUUACAAAAUAUAUUGGGAAUUUGAGGUUGACCGGUAUGUUUCUUGAUCCUUUGGGUCAACAUUUGUUGAUGUCAACUGUACCAAAACAAGAUGAUAGUAGUUCACCAGCAGAAACUUUCUAUUUACACAGAAAAUCAACAAAAUUAAAACAGGCUUCUAAAUUUCGUAAUCAUGAAAUUACAGCAGUUGGAUGGAAUUACACAAAUAUAUCAGAAACAACUUCUGGUCCAAUUUUACUUGGAACGUCGAAGGGUCUUAUUUUUGAAACUGAAAUUGGUUUGGAUGGUGACAAAAUAUUUACAACAAGUAUAGAACAGUAUUGGAGACAGCUUCCAAAUUAUUUACCUCUUUAUGUUAACAAAGAGUUGGAAGGACUGGUUUUUGAUAUUGGAAAGGAUAGCAAGCCUCCAAUUACUGAUAUAGAGUUUCGAAGGAUACCACACACUGACAAAUAUAUUAUUAUAUUAACAACUCUUAUUCGUAUUUAUCAAUAUAUUGGAACUGUAACAAAUCAUGAAGAGAAACCACUUUUCCAACAAGUAUUUAAUAAAUAUUUAAACAUUAAAGAACGUUUUAAUCAGUUGGAAAAUUCAUUACCAUAUUCAAAAAUGCAAUUCUACUACUCAUCACCACAAGAUUUUCCAAAAACCUUUAGUUGGUUGACAGAAAGUGGUAUUUUAUUUUCUCAGGUGGAUCCAAAGGCGGAUUCUGAAAAUAUACUAAUAAAUCAACAGAUGUUGCCAUGUCCUGAAACAAGUCUUUUAAGCAGUAAUAUGUCAAGAAAGAAAAGUAUCGCCCCACUGUCAUUUGUUUUGACUGAAUUUCAUGUUCUUCUUUUAUACAGUGAUCAUGUAAAAGGAGUCUCCUUACUCAAUCAAGAACUUAUUUUUGAAGACAUUUAUAAUGAUGCUUUUGGUAAAUUAAUAAAUAUUACAAAAGAUCCUAUAACGGGAUCGAUUUGGGCAUUUAGUGAACGAGCAGUUUUCAAAUACAAAGUAACUAAAGAAGAUCGUAAUGUGUGGCAGGUUUAUAUUGAAAAAGGAGAAUUUGAACUUGCAAAACAUUAUUGUAAAGAUAAUCCUGCUCAUAUAGAUCAAGUACUUGUGAAACAAGCUGAAAUGUUAUUCCAAAAUAAAGAAUAUGAAAGAAGUGCACUUAUAUAUGCUGAUACUCAUUCGUCAUUUGAAGAAAUUUCUUUAAAAUUUUUACAGGAAAAUGAAAUAGAAGCUUUGAAAACGUUUCUAAAAAAGAAACUUGAGGGCUUAAAAACACAAGAUAAAACACAAAUUACAAUGAUUGUAAUCUGGGUUGUGGAACUUUUUAUGAAUCAAAUGGGAAGUUUCCGUAGUAUGGAUACAGCGUAUUUACAAAAUUCUAGAUACAUUAAACUUCAAAAGGAAUUCGAUAGUUUUCUAGCCACUGAUAAAGUCGAGGAAUGUGUUCGAAAGAAUCGUAGCACUAUCUGUAAUAUUAUGGCUAGUCAUGGAGAUAAAGAUAAUCUAUUACGAUUGACAAUUAUGAAUAGAAAUUACGAGGAAGUAAUACGACAACAUUUAUAUAAAAAUAACAAUCUUGAAGCUCUUGAGGUGCUUAAAAGUCAAGGGAAUAAAGAAUUAUUUUACCAAUUUUCUGGAAUUCUUCUUCAAGAGUUACCAAAACAGACAAUUGCAGCUUUAAUAUCUCAAGGUUCCUCUCUAAAGCCUUCAAAGCUUUUACCGGCAUUGGUAUCUUGUAAAUGUGAUGAAAAGCAUGCAAAAGAAAUAAUUAGAUACUUGGAACAUUGUAUCUAUGAACAAAGUUGCCAAGAACAAGCGAUUCAUAACUUUUUACUUUCUCUUUAUGCACGAUAUAAAAAAGAUGAAGUGAUGCGAUACAUUAGUUCUCAAGGCCAAGACAUAAGUAUGGUUCAUUAUGAUGUUCAUUACGCUCUUCGGCUCUGCCAAGAAGCAAAUUUGACCGAAGCAUGUGUACAGCUUUCAGCACUUUUGGGUCUUUGGUCAACUGCUGUUGAUCUUGCUUUGAGUGUCAGUGUAGAUUUAGCUAAGCAAAUCGCUUCUAUACCUUCGCACCAUGGUAAUGAUGAAUUGAGAAAAAAAUUGUGGCUCAAAAUAGCCGAGCAUGUCGUACGAGAGAAAAACGACAUAGAGCAAGCAAUGGAGUUUCUUCAGCAGUGUGAUCUAGUUCGGAUCGAAGACAUAUUGCCAUUCUUUUCUGAUUUUGUUACUAUUGAUCAUUUCAAGGAGGCCAUUUGCAAUUCUUUACAAGAAUACAAUCGACACAUUCAAGAUCUCAAAGAGGAAAUGCAAGAGGCUACAAAAGCCGCAGAAACUAUACGCAAAGAUAUUCAAGCUUUUCGUACACGCUGUACUUUCGUCCAUGCAAAAGACACAUGUAAUACUUGCGGGACUCAAUUAUUGUUGCGUCCAUUUUACGUGUUUCCAUGUAGUCAUCGCUUCCAUAGUGACUGCCUCGUCGCGGCACUAACACCGAUGCUAUCGAUCGAGAGCCAGACGCAGCUUGCCGAUCUCCAGCACCAGCUGACUCUGAUCUCUGGGCGUCCCGACGAGCUGGCGGGUAUUAGCAACCAGCAGCAGCAUACGAUCAGCGCCGACAGUGGAACCUCGGCAUCUCUAUCUACCAAGGAGCAAAUUAAGGCAGACAUUGAUGAGCUGGUGGCUUCGGAGUGUCUCUACUGCGGGGAUUUGAUGAUCGACUCAAUUGACAAGCCAUUUAUAGAAGAAGAGGACUAUGAAAGGGUUAUGAAAGAAUGGGCAUAAAGAUAUGGAAUAUUUAUUAAGUAUAUUAAUAAUAAACUUGAAAU